GAGUGGCCGAAGACGAGGGUUGGAAGCGUUGGCGCGACUGAGGCGAUGAACUCGUGCGGGACUGUCGGCCAAAGUAACACCAAAAUCGUGGAAAUGGUGUACUCUUUGCUGGAAAUGCUGAGAAUGUCUUCGCCGGACGAGAUGUCGGCCAAACUGCUGCUGAUGUCUCACUCGCCGCAGAUCUGCCACGAGAUGAGACAAUACGGAUGCCUUCCUCUACUCAUUCAACUCAUUCAUCAACAGUCGGACGACGCGGACGAGAGUAAUGGCGCCUCAGAGGACGAGCGCAUCGCCAGACAGCGGACGACUGGAGCGCAAAGAGAGCUGCGGGAGAGGGCGUCGAAGACGUUGAGGAAUAUUGUCCACAAUUCGGCGAAAAGUCGUCGCGAGGUUCGGGUCCUGAAACUCGUCGAAGACUUGCGCUCUUUCGUCAACUAUUUGCGAGUCAACGGCUCGAAGGCGGCGGCGAACGGCGCCUCCUCUGCCGCCGCCAACGGCGACGACUUCACGGAUCACCCGAACAGUUCCGUCGCUUACCUCUUGAAGGUGUCCUUCGAUGAGGAGCACCGGCGGGUCAUCACUCUGUUGGGCGGCGUCUACGCCAUCGCUGAGGUGAUUCAAUACGACUACGAAUACCAUCGAAACGCGCGGAACAACGGCUGCGUCACUCUUCGGCGCUACUCUUUGAUGGCAUUAAUUAAUCUGACUUUCGGUGACUCGCAGACGAAGUCACUGUUGGCCGCAAUGAAGGCCUUCAUGAGGGCGUUGGUCCACAAUCUCGAGUCGCCCGCCGAAGAGCUGAGACAAGUGGCCGCCAGUCUCUUGAGGAACCUCUCGUGGAAAGCGGAUUACAUCACUAAACAGAUUCUGCGCGAAGUGGGAACCGUCGCACUGCUCGCACAGGCGGCUCUCGAGGCGACCAAAGAGUCGACGCUGAAGUCAAUACUGUCUGCGCUGUGGAACCUGACGGCCCACUGCGGCCCUAAUAAAGCCGACUUCUGUCGAGUGGACGGCGCCCUACCGUUCCUCAUAUCGACGCUCACCUACACGUCGGCCACCAAUUCCAUAACAAUCGUCGAGAAUGGCGGCGGAAUUCUACGCAACAUCUCCUCGUUCAUCGUCGGCCACGAGGAGUACCGCGAAGUCCUCCGCAAACACAAGACAAUCGCCAAACUCCUGGAACAGUUGAAGUCGCCGUCCAUUACUGUCGUCAGCAACUCGUGCGUCACGCUAUGGAAUCUGUCGGCUCACUGUCCCAAAGACCAGACCACCCUCUGGGAGGCCAAUGCGGUGCCGAUGUUGAGGAAUCUGACCGCUUCUCGCCAUAAGAUGAUAGCUAUGGGCGCGUCCGCCACACUCAAGAACCUCUUCAACUCAUCAGUUGCUCCAAAGUAUAUACAAAUGAAUGGAAACAGUUGUCUGAACGGCAACUCGUGUUCAAUACCGUCACUACAGGCGCGCAAACUUAAGGCCCUAAAGGACGACAUUAAUUGCGAUCUCUCGGAGACCUACGACCCCAUCGAUAGUCCCAAAGCGAGUCCAUCGCACGAGCCGUACGCGCGCUCCAAGUCUUCGGCGACACUCAAAAGCAACGUUUAUUUACCAGGCCGAAUGUACACCAGUUUCAGUGGACACAUAAACCCGCAUCAGGUCUCCCGUAGCAGCAGUCACGACAGCAUCGGUUCCACGCAUUCAGAACCGGUCGCCAAAUUCAAAGACAUUGAACACAAUCUACGGAGUAUUUAUCCCUUCAGUACGCAAGUGAUGCCACAAAUGUAUUCAACGCUGUCGUCAAACGACUCGCGCGUCAGUGACAAGGAUCUGGACAUUGGCUCCGACUUCGACGCCUAUUGCGGCGAAUCAAACUCGCAGAUGAAUAUAUCGAGCGCUUCGGCGAAGAGCUCGUCGUUCACGGACCCGGAGCUCGACGCCGACCCCGAGCCCACCGACUAUAGCGCCCGCUAUAAGGAGCGUCCGAUCGACGACUUCGUGGCGCCGCGCGCUAACAAACCCGAGGCCACCGGUUGUGAGGACUCCGUGAAGGUGUAUAAGACGGAGGGAACGCCUCUGAACUUCUCGUUGGCCUCAUCCCUGUCCGACUUGCGAGACUGCGCGGGACUCACGUGUAUCGACGAGGAGAAGAGGCACCCGAAGGCCGCCGCCGAUCGCAAGGCUGUGGAGAGCAAAGAGAAGGAGGUAUUGGUGUCGAAGGGACGCUAUUCGCCGACCGGUUCCGAGGGUAUGAUAACACCCGCGGCCGCCGCCGACCAGCGCUCAGCGAAAGUGAUGUUUAAGAAACCCAUUCCUCCGCCGAAACCAAAGUUUGCGACGACUUUAUCGCCGAAGAAGCCGACUGUUGAUGAGAGCGAUGGCGACGACAAGCGCGCGAUGAAGACGUCGAAGAGUGUGGAGUUGUUUGACGACAACUACAUGAAGGCAUCCGUUUCCACGAAUAGUAUCGUCAGCAUUGAUGUGAGCAAUGAAAACAUAUGCGAAGAGACGCCACUCAUGUACUCGAGGAGCAGCUCUUUAGGCUCUUUGAGCGACUGUGACGUCAAGUCAGACGUCUGCCAGAGCUCUGUCGUCAGCGAAUUCAGUCGUCGCGCGUCAGAAGUGGUCUCUCCCAGCGAUAUACCCGACAGUCCGUUAGACAGCCCUCAGCGCCCGUUGAGUCCUAAACUGGCCAACAGUUCGGCGCAAACACAGGAGACAACCGUCGCCAAGAAUUUCGCGACGAAUUCUGUUCACAAGCCGUCGGCGACCAGAGAUACGGAUACUGUCUUCGAGGACCGGCCCAUUAAUUACGCCACGGAAGGCACGCCCGCCAUCUUCUCGCUGUCGACGAGUUUGAGUUCAUUGACUGAAGACAUUAAUGGCAUUCAUAUCGACGACAACAACGACAGCAAAGCGCUUAAAGAAAGCGACGAAUCGAUGCAUUUGUCGGACAUUCUCGAAGUGAAUGACAUUAAGACUGAAAUCAUUUACACUUCGAGUGAAGACGAGGCCGAAGAGCAGCUGUUGGCCGCAUGUAUUUCGUCAGGAAUGAAGACAAUUGAGAAGAAGUCGAACGAUAAGACAAUUUCCGGUAAUUCUCUGCAGAGAAUCGCUUCGAAAGAAGUUGUCUUGAAUUCGAGCCAUUCGUCGAAAGCCGUUCCCAUCGCUCAGCCGCGCAUUACCUCCAGAAACAAGUCUUUGCCGACGUUUUUGGUGCGAUCGGCGCCCGACGAUCGCCAGUCAUAUCUCGAGAAGGACUCCGUUCGAGUGUACGGAACGGAGGGAACGCCUAUCGAGCUGUCGAAGACCAGUUCCAUUAGCGAACUGUCCAUUUCAACGAAUGGAAAGUUUGGAGACAUGUCGACGAAUCGGAUCCACGAGAUAUCGGAUGAUAGUGACGACGAAGAGGUGCUCCAGAAGUGCAUCGAAUCGGGAAUGACUGCCAACCGAAAGCACAGCCAUUCGAGUCAUAAUACUAACCAUAAGUCGAGCAAAAGUACCAAAAGAUCUCCACAAACGCCAAAAACCACUCCAAACGCGUCGCCAAACUCGGGCGCCGUUGCCAUCAAUAAGAAGACGGAAAGCAAAGACAUUAACGCGGAUCAGACGAAGAGGUUCUUCGUGGAGGACACGCCGGUCGAGCUGUCGCACUGUCAGUCACCGCUCAGUGAACUCAGCUUCGAUUCGGACGACCACUUCGAGGACCAGAAAAUACUCAAUGAAGUGAUUACUAGAGGCAUGAAUCAGAAGAAGAGUCCGAAGGGUUCGUCGAAAUCGAGAUCACGUGAUAAGAGGGCAGACAAUAUGACGAAGAGUUGCCAUUCGGAUGACACCAACGACGACACAAUCACUUAUACUGUUUGCCAUAAAAGCGAACGGUUUGCCAAUCGGGAGACCAAUCGGAAACUGAGCGAUAGUUUGAUGACGUCGUCCGCGAUGACUGACUCGAGUUGUCUGUCAGACUUGGAUCACAUGAAACCGCCGUCACUGAUGGACAACUCGAUGUUCUCUUCGUCCGAAUCCUUUUCCUACCGACAGAUCGCUCCCAAACCGGCCGUCAAUGCGGUCCACAAGAAGUCGGACGAGAAGUCGGAGAUACUGUUGGAUAACGUGAAGCCGCCGUCGAUUAUGGACGAGAUAUCUAUGAGUCAGAGCUGCGCCAGUAUUACGUCAGACAUACCGGAGCUCGUGUUCGACGGAGACGUGAAGAAUAGCGACAAAAUCGGCGAAUUGGCCAAAAUGUGCGCCAAUCGGAUCAAUUCAAUGACAUAUUUGGCCGACACUUCAGAUGCGGACGCAAUCGAGAGGAAUGGUCACCGAAAUCGAGUCAAACCAAACCACCUCAACUCAAAGACCAGUUCCACUCAACUCGAGUACGACAUCUCCGACACCGAAGUGUCCGAAGACCUGCCGAUCGAUAAGGAGGCGCUGAACAGUGUCUCGCAAAACGAUAUAAUACUUGAUUUCACGACGUCUUCGUCGACGCUGUUAUCGCUGGAGUCGCCGACCAUUUGUGCGGACGUUAUGACAGACUUCGACGACAAGACACGACUCGCGCGACGAGAGAAGGAGUUAAUGCUAUCGAAGCGACGCUUUUCGCCGAUCGGCUCCGAGGGUAUGAUAACACCCGUCGGCGCUGACGAGCACUCGUCGGUCGUGUCGGACGACUCGGACCCCGACUCCCGGGCCACGUAUAACGUGAACUCUCCGCGAAGGGCGCGCAUUGUCCGACCCGUCGCUCGAAAAUCGCCGAAAGACGACUUCCAAGCGAUGACCCAAACGUCGGUCCCAUUGAGCGCAUCGGCCGUUAGAAACAAAUAUACGGCGAAACCGACGCGCACUUCAGCCCUCAGGGCCUCCCGUUCCCGAUCGGUCGACACGCAUCUCACCGAAGACAUGGCGUUCUCGUCGCAUAAGAGCGCCGAUCGGCACCUGUAUUCCAGUCAUCGCAACAAAUAUAUCGAUUAUAUGACCGAAAAUAACCCGAACUUCGCGUUCAAUGAGCCCCACAACGCAUCCAAACCUCCGAAACCACACAAAAACGACGACAAAGACAUGGCGUCUACGUCUAAGACUCGGGACAAGUCGUUGAUCUCAAACGUUCGCUCAAAGCUGUCGGCGUCGCUCUCGUCGCACGCCUUGGGCUCCAGUAAUGCCAGUCUCUCCUCGUCGUCGUCCAACGGUUUGACGCCUUCGUGCGCCUCCUUUUCGGGUCGACUUCACGUCCAGUCGAGGAUCGCAUCGCUUUGGAAGCGCUCGAAGAGCUCGUCCGUCGAUAAGUCGGACAAAAAGAAGUUAGAUUUGAGUCGAUCCGUAAGCGCCCGCAGAUCGUUUGGAAAGUCGAGUAAAACUGAUCCGAACAGUGGUUUACAGCGGAGUUCGACGUACGAGAAGUUACCGCAAAGUGCUGACGAGGCUUCCCAUGCGGACCACACCUCCAGAGACCAUAAGAAGCAAAUGAACGACAAGUUUAACAACAAUUAUAUCGUUAAACACGAGUCCAGUAGUCAUCAGAAGCGGCAACAGAACGACAAAACGAACGGAAAUUCUGUGUAUUUGUCGUCAAAAUCGGCGAAGACUUGGAAUAAAUUAAAAACGAAUAAGAAUUCAGUUUUGAAUAACAAUCUAAUCAGUGAGACAUUUGUCGGCAGACAUCCAGUUCCUCAAAACACUACCACCACUACGACGUCGGGAACGGCAGCUAAGACUUCGGCCAACUCUCGGCGCACUUGUCUCGUGACCGCCGUUUGAGCCCUGCUUUCAGUCUUUGUAUUGUAUUUGAAAGUCUUUUUUCAUAUCAAUUAACACUUAAAACACGACAAAAAACUUAAACUUUUUUCGAAAACUGCUAUUCAUUAUAAUAUAAUUACUAAUUAUGUUUGCAUUCAGUAAUUAUAUGCCAUUUGUGUUCAUAUGAUUACACGUGAAAUCAGUGCAUAAUUUUAAGUGAAAUUUUAUUUACAUUUAGUUUAAUUGAGAUUAUGUUUGAUAUAUUGAUUGCUAUUUUACUGACACUUAUUAGCGGCCAUACCAUGUAUUGAUAAUUAAUUUUUUCUAUUUAUUUAUCAUCAAUUAAUGCCAUAUUUUUGCCAA